AUGAAAUUCCAUUAUAUUAAUAUAUUUUUAUUUGCUCUUCCAUUAAAUAUAUUGGUGCAUAAUAAAAGGAACCAUAUGAAAACUAUAAUUUGUACACCCAAAACUAAACAAACAAAAACACAUAGAACAUUAUGCGAAUGUGAAUUAUACGCACCAUCUAACUAUGAAAAUGACUCUGAAAUGAAAGAAGUAAUGGAAAUUUUCGAUCGUCAAACGUCAGAACGCUUUCGCGAAUAUGACGAAAGGAUGCAACAUAAACGAAAACAAUGUAAAGAACAAUGUGAAAAAGAUAUACAAAAAAUUAUUUUAAAAGAUAAAAUCGAGAAAGAAUUAACAGAAAAAUUCGGAGCAUUACAAACCGAUAUAAGAACUGAGGAUAUACCCACAUGUGUUUGCGAAAAAUCAGUAGCAGAUAAAACAGAAAAAGUUUGUCUUAACUGUGGAAAAACUAUGGGAGCGGUUGCACCUGCUUGGGGAUUCGUCAGCGGUAUAGGGUAUGUCGCAUGGACACAAUAUGUUGCUGCAAAAAUCCUUGAAGUGGGUAUAAAGAAAAGUGUGCAAGUGAGUUUGGAUAAAGUCAUGGAAAUAGUAACACAAAUACAUAGUCUUACUACAGCUGAAAUACCCAAAUUUUCUGCGGCACAAAUACUUUCCUCAGGUAACUUUACUAAUAAUAUAUCACUCAUUGAUAUGGUUCAAUACCUAAGAAAUAAUAUGUACGGAGUAAUAGAAUCUCAAAAGUGUGAACGUUUUGGAUUUAUAUUAGAUACUAUGGGUAAAAACACGCUUAAGGUUUUUAAUAGAAACUAUCACAUACAAGUAGAAGCAGUUAAAAAUGCUGUCGAUGCUGCUGAAGCAGCCGAAAGUCUUAAAUUAGCAACAAAUACUAGUAUAUUAACUAAUACUAUUAUUGCUUCGGUUAUUGCAAUAUUAGUUAUAGUUUUAGUUAUGGUAAUUAUUUAUUUAAUUUUACAUUAUCGAAGAAAAAAAAAAAUGAAGAAAAAACUACAAUAUAUAAAAUUAUUAAAAGAGUAG